CGCUUCCUCGGUGUUUGGGGGUUGCAGGACCUGAUCUGAAGGCGUGGUCUCUGCUUUUCUCUUCUCAAGGAGAGAAGGGGAGUGUCCUCAGGCCUUGAUUUUGCCUCUAGGCAGUGAGAGGGUCAGACGUUUAAGACCGGGAUGACCAGUGUCGGUGUGCCUAGGGUGGCCGGGUUGGCCGCCGCUGUCGUCCUUCCUCGGCUGUUCGGCGCUGAGGCUAUUCUCAGGCGUGUGCAGUUCCCCAGAAAACUUGCACUGAAGUAGAGGACCUGCCCUUUUGUGUCUCAGAGGCCUCGGCUGUGCCAGGGCUCCUCCCUCUGCUCUUCUAACCAGUAAAAGUCAGCAGUGCGUUUCCUUCCGGCAGAGAGAGAAUCAGAAUUGAGGCCUGGCCAAGCCCUGGCCUCACCAUGUCCUGUUCCUGGAGCCUCCUCCCAGGCGCCUCCAUGCCUUCGCCCCUCCUUUCUGGGCGGUCAGGCAGGACCGAGUGCAGGCUCUUGGCUAGGAGCUGACUUGGGUUUGAGUCUGGGUUUUUCCACUGAUUUGCUGUUUCACUCUGAGCAAGACGCCCUCUCUGGAUAUCUUACCUCUCACUGUUGUCAAGUACUUUUUAAAUUGGAAAAAAAAAAAAAAAAAAAGGAAGCACAAAAAGGAAAUUUACAAGCUCCAUAAUCCACCACUUUAAAAAAUAACUUUAAUAAGAGAGAGUGUAUAUAGAGAGGUACACAUAUACAUUUUGUUGUUUUACUGAUAUUGCUCUAUAGAUUAAGUAGUAAAACAUAUGUAAAUACUCAGAUUGCAAAUGCUAGUCUCCUCUUUCUCAUUGCCCCUCCUGGAGACUCACUCCUUAGAGGAAACCCACUCACUCGAAGUACCUUCUGGCAAAGCCAGGGAUUCCUACCCCAGCCUGCCUCAGCUGCUUUGGGGCAUGUCUGGCUGCAUGGGGCGGAUCUCCAUGCUAAGGUCUUUUCCCCACUGAGCAUUCAGUGCCAGUAGAAAGUUAAUGCCAUGAGGUCCAGGACUUUGGUCUGGUCACAUGACUGCUUCCCCACAGCCUGCCCAGAUGCCCUGGCCCUAGAACAAUGCCCACACAGCUGUGAUAGCUGCUCAGUUGGUGGAUGGAUGUACAAAUACAGGCUGGAGGAGGUCCCUCUGGAGGUGCUGAGGCAGAGGGAGUCCAAGUGGCUGGACAUGCUCAACAACUGGGACAAGUGGAUGGCCAAGAAGCACAAAAAGAUCCGUCUGCGGUGCCAGAAGGGCAUCCCACCUUCUCUGCGGGGCCGUGCUUGGCAGUACCUGUCAGGGGGCAAGGUGAAGCUACAGCAGAACCCUGGAAAGUUUGACGAGCUGGAUAUGGCCCCGGGGGACUCCAAGUGGCUGGACGUGAUCGAGCGUGACCUGCACCGGCAGUUCCCUUUCCACGAGAUGUUUGUGUCCCGGGGCGGGCACGGCCAGCAGGACCUAUUCCGUGUGCUGAAGGCCUACACGCUGUACCGACCUGAGGAGGGCUACUGCCAGGCCCAGGCACCCAUCGCCGCUGUUCUGCUCAUGCACAUGCCUGCUGAGCAAGCAUUCUGGUGCCUGGUGCAGAUCUGUGAGAAGUACCUGCCCGGCUACUACAGCGAGAAACUGGAGGCAAUCCAGCUGGAUGGGGAGAUCCUCUUCUCUCUGCUGCAGAAGGUGUCACCUGUGGCCCACAAGCACCUCAGCCGGCAGAAGAUCGACCCACUGCUCUACAUGACAGAGUGGUUCAUGUGUGCCUUCGCCCGCACCCUGCCCUGGAGCUCUGUGCUGCGCGUCUGGGACAUGUUUUUCUGCGAAGGAGUCAAGAUCAUCUUCCGGGUGGGCCUGGUGCUGCUGAAGCAUGCGCUGGGAUCCCCGGAGAAGCUCAAGGCCUGCCAGGGCCAGUACGAGACUAUCGAGCGGCUGCGCAGCCUCAGCCCCAAGAUCAUGCAGGAGGCCUUUCUGGUCCAGGAGGUGAUCGAGUUGCCAGUGACAGAGCGCCAGAUUGAGCGUGAGCACCUCAUCCAACUACGGCGCUGGCAGGAGACCCGCGGUGAAUUGCAGUGCUGCUCGCCACCCAGGCUGCAUGGUGCCAAGGCCAUCCUGGAGGCAGAACCAGGCCCCCGGCCCACCCUGCAACCAUCACCGUCCAUCCGUCUGCCCCCAGAUGCCCCGCUUCCUGGCUCCAAAAGCAAGCCCAAGCCACCCAAGCAGAUUCCGAAGGAGCCGCAGAAGCAGGAGAAGGCGAGUGGGCAGCUGGACAAGACCCCAACGCCAGGUCAAGCCAAGAUGGCGAUCGCUGGCGGAGAUGCAUGUCCUCCACAGGAUGUGCCCCCGAAGGACCCAGUCCCCCAGGACCCAUCCCCUCAGGACUCAGCUCCCCAGGUUUCAGCUCACCACUGCUCCCAGGAGAGCCUGGUGUCCCAGGAGAGUGAGGACACCUACUUGUAACCCUGGCAUCUCAGGCCUCCAGGGCGGGGUCUCCACACACCUACAUGGUUCGCGGACUGACACACUCCAGGGCCUGCCCACCCUCUGAGGGUCUGGCUGCCUGGCUACUGGGUGCAGAGAGUCUGGCUGGCCCAGCACAGGUUCUGCCCAAGCCUCCUUAUUUAUUUUCUCCAGAGUGGAGCUCGGGCCGAUCCAACUGGGGCAGGCAGAAGUGAGGGCCUCACUCAGGCCUCUCCUUCUGGGGGGAUGCUCCCCAGGGCUAGGGCACUGAUGAGGGGAGAGAGUGGGGUACAGGGUAGGGUACUCUUUGUGUAAAAUAGAAACAUGGUUUUGUACAGAAAUAAACAGGUUUGUAUAGAGA